AGCCGCUGGGCUGGAGUUGGAGAGCGGAGAGCGGAGCUUGAAACUGACUGGAAACUUCAGUGGCGCCGCGACUUGCCAGUUUCACUCCCAGGAACUUUUCGUUGCAGGAGGAGAAGAGAAGGGGUGCAAGCGCCCCCGCUUUUGCUCUCUUUCUUCCCCUCCUCCUCCCCCUCUCCAAUUCGACUUCCCCCACUGGGAGCGAGCAGCUGCGAGCUGGCCACCCCGCGCCCUCCUAAGUGCUCGCCGCCGCAGCCGGGUGACGCGCCAGGCUCCCCGGGAGCCGCUCGCUCCGCGACCGGGCAGCCGAGGGGAGAGGAGCCCGCGCCUCGAAUCCCCGAGCCGCCGCGGCUUCUCGCCUUUCCCGGCCACCCGCCCCCUGCCCCGGGCCCGCGUAUGAAUCUCCUGGACCCCUUCAUGAAGAUGACCGACGAGCAGGAGAAGGGCCUGUCCGGUGCUCCCAGCCCCACCAUGUCCGAGGACUCGGCGGGCUCGCCCUGCCCUUCGGGCUCCGGCUCCGACACCGAGAACACGCGGCCCCAGGAGAACACGUUCCCCAAGGGCGAGCCGGACCUGAAGAAGGAGAGCGAGGAGGACAAGUUCCCAGUGUGCAUCCGCGAGGCCGUCAGCCAGGUGCUCAAGGGCUACGACUGGACGCUGGUACCCAUGCCGGUGCGCGUCAACGGCUCAAGCAAGAACAAGCCUCACGUCAAGCGGCCCAUGAACGCCUUCAUGGUGUGGGCGCAGGCGGCGCGCAGGAAGCUCGCCGACCAGUACCCGCACCUGCACAACGCCGAGCUCAGCAAGACGCUGGGCAAGCUCUGGAGACUGCUGAACGAGAGCGAGAAGCGGCCCUUCGUGGAGGAGGCGGAGCGGCUGCGCGUGCAGCACAAGAAGGACCACCCGGAUUACAAGUACCAGCCGCGGCGGAGGAAGUCGGUGAAGAACGGCCAGGCGGAGGCCGAGGAGGCCACGGAGCAGACACACAUCUCCCCCAACGCCAUCUUCAAGGCGCUGCAGGCCGACUCGCCGCACUCCUCCUCUGGCAUGAGUGAAGUGCACUCCCCCGGCGAGCACUCGGGGCAAUCCCAGGGCCCGCCGACGCCACCCACCACCCCCAAAACCGACGUGCAGCCGGGCAAGGCUGACCUGAAGCGAGAGGGGCGCCCCCUGCCAGAGGGGGGCAGACAGCCCCCCAUCGACUUCCGCGACGUGGACAUCGGCGAGCUGAGCAGCGACGUCAUCUCCAACAUCGAGACCUUCGACGUCAACGAAUUUGACCAGUACCUGCCUCCCAAUGGCCACCCGGGGGUGCCGGCCACGCACGGCCAGGUCACCUACACGGGCAGCUAUGGCAUCAGCAGCACAGCGGCGACCCCCGCGGGCGCGGGCCACGUGUGGAUGUCCAAGCAGCAGGCGCCGCCGCCGCCCCCGCAGCAGCCCCCGCAGGCCCCGCAGGCCCCGCAGGCGCCCCCGCAGCAGCAGCAGGCGCCGCAGCCCCAGCCGCAGGCGCCCCCGCAGCAGCAGCAGGCGCACACGCUGACCACGCUGAGCAGCGAGCCGGGCCAGUCCCAGCGAACGCACAUCAAGACGGAGCAGCUGAGCCCCAGCCACUACAGCGAGCAGCAGCAGCACUCGCCGCAGCAGAUCGCGUACAGCCCCUUCAACCUCCCGCACUACAGCCCCUCCUACCCGCCCAUCACCCGCUCGCAGUACGACUACACAGACCACCAGAACUCCGGCUCCUACUACAGCCACGCGGCGGGCCAGGGCUCCGGCCUCUACUCCACCUUCACCUACAUGAACCCCGCGCAGCGGCCCAUGUACACCCCCAUUGCCGACACCUCCGGGGUCCCUUCCAUCCCGCAGACCCACAGCCCCCAGCACUGGGAACAGCCCGUCUACACACAGCUCACCAGACCUUGAGAAGACCGUAGACAAAGGGCGACGAUGGCCGUGAUGAUCAUAAAAAUAACCGAAGAAAGAAACAACCAGCCAGAAUUUCCUUUGGACAUUUUUUUUCGUAUUCCUUAAAGACAUUUAAGCUAAAGGCAACUCGUACCGAAUUCCAAGACAGCAACAUUCGCUAUCCAAACGCAUUACCACCUUGUUGCGAAUCAGUGGCCAGGCCACUCUUGGCGAGAUGGACCAGCAGCAUCGGCAAAAAACUGGACUUGAAAACCUUCUUCAGAGCAAGCGUGGAGGAUGAUGGAGAACCGUGUGACCAAUUUGCUCAAUCUCUCUGCCUGUUUGGACUUUGUAAUUAUUUUUUAGCAGUAAUUAAAGAAAAGAGUCCUCUGUGAGGAAUAUUCUCUAUUUUAAAUAUUUUUAGUAUGUACUGUGUAUGAUUCAUUACCAUUUUGAGGGGAUUUAUACAUAUUUUUAGAUAAAAAAAUUAAAUGCUCUUAUUUUUCCAACAGCUAAACUACUUAGUUGAACAGUGUGCCCUAGCUUUUCUUGCAACCAGAGUAUUUUUGUACAGAUUUGCUUUCUCUUACAAAACAAAAAACAAAAAAAAAAGUGUGUGUGUUGUAUUAACCUAAAAAAAAGCACAGAUUUGUGUUAUGUGAUCAGUUUGGGGGGUUAGCUUUUGCUUAAUUCCUCAGGCAUUCUGAUUCAAGGAGGAGCUGCCUUAGAAAGAAAAGUAAAGGCCUUAUUUCGCAACUAUGGAAGUCAAAAUAGUCUAGAGAAGCAUUUGGUAAGCUUUAUCAUAUAUAUAUUUUUUAAACAAGAGAAAAACACCUUGAACCUUAAAACCAUGCUGCUGGAAAAUACUUGUGCUCUCUUUUAGUGUAUUUCCUCCUGCAUUUGCGUGUUCGCUGCAAUCUUAAGAAAGCAGCAAAAGGCAAGCAAAGGAGAAGAGAAGUGUUUUGAGAAUGUUUCAGCAGCCAAUAGGUGCCCCAGCACACUGCCCCCUGGUUGCCUGCCUGGGCCCCAUGUGGGACACAGAUGCUAGAGUCCUCUCACUUACACUGUCACCUGUGCCUCUCUGAACACCAGCAGUUAACCUUCAAGACAUUCCACGUGCUAAAAUUAUUUAUUUUGCAAGGAGAGGUUUUAAGUAAAGAAAAAAAUUCCUUUUUUUUUUUCCUCUAAUUUACCUUCUUUAAAAUAGGUUGUUGGAGCCUUCCUCAAAGGGUAUGGUCAUCUGUUAAAUUAUGUUCUUAACUGUAACCAGUUUUUUUUUAUUUAUCUCUUUAAUCUUUUUUUUAUUAUUAAAAGCAAGUUUCUUUGGAUUCCUUGUCCUAGAUUUGUAUAAACACCUUUUUGUCUGUCCUUUUUUUGUUUUUGUUGAAAACAAACUGGAAGCUUAUUUCUUUUUUGUACAAAUGAGAGGUUGCAAAUGUAGUGUGUCACUGAGUCAUCUGCAGUGUUUUCUGCCACAGAUCUUUGGGCUGCCUAAAUUGUGUGUGUGUGUGUUGUGACACAAAACAACGCAAGCCUGUGUCAUCAAUAUUCCCCUGCAUAUUCUCCAGGGAGGGAGGAAGGGGGAGGGAAUCAGCCCACUGACAGACCUUAGUUCUUAAUUACUUCUGUGGCUGGAGAGUUUGAGGGUUGCUUUUUAAAAAAGACAGCAAACUUUUUUUUUAUUUAAAAAAAAGAUAUAUUAACAGUUUUAGAAGUCAGUAGAAUAAAAUCUUAAAGCACUCUUAUAAUAUGGCAUCUUUCAAUUUCUGUAUAAAAGCAGAUCUUUAAAAAAAAAUAUUUCUGUAACUUAAGAAACCUGGCAUUUAAGUCAUAUUUUGUCUUUAGGUAAGGUUUGGUUUGUGUUUGUGUUUUGUUUGUUUCGCUCGCUUCCCUCCAAACCUUCUGUUCUCUCUGUGAAACUUACCUUUCCUUUUUUUCUUUCCUUCUUUUUUUUUUGUAUAUUAUUGUUUACAAUAAAUAUACGUUGCAUUAAAAAGAAAACGGCCUAUGG